AUAUUCAGAACUGAUUUCCUUUAGGAUUGACUGGUUUGAGCUCCUUGCAGUCCAAGGGACUCCUUUCAGUCCAAGGGAUAUGAAGGUAGAGUGUCUGGCAAACCUUCCAGUGGUAAGGAAGAUGAACUAAGUGAGUUUAAAUCCUGUUCAUAGUUUUAUUAUUACUGGGAAUUGGAUGGAAAGAGAUAAAAGUGAUUGAACUUUCUGGCAGUUAUAAAAUUAUCUGAAAUCCACUGCUGUUAGCUAACCUUUUAAGCUUGGCUUCUAAUCUUGGUCACCCUUGCAUGCCCGACACCUAAUAUACUGCAUGAUCAGCAUGUUGUAUUUUGAGAAUACUUUCAUAAAAAAUUGAUGGGCUUCUUGACUUGACCUGUUUAUUUACUUUAUUAGGGCAAAUUAACCAUGUCUCAUAACAGCUUUGAAAAUUCAGGACAUGUAGGAACAAGUGAUAUGCUAGACAGAAAGAAAUUUUAGGGGUGAAAUUUGAUGGUAGAUACUGGGCUGGUAUUCCUUAUUCUUCAACCCAGUGGGUAUUCAAUAUUCUUUAUUCUUGUAACCCAGUGUUUCUGGGUUACAGAUUGAAUACAGGGGGUUUUAACUAUUUGAAGUUAAUUUCAAGGGAAGGAAAGAAGCCAUUAUUUGUGUUUAAUAAAUAAACUAUAGAAAUAAAAGCAGAAAAUAAAAGUGAUAUGAUGAAUAUUUUGACUAUUCAAAUUAACCUGAGAUUUCCAUAACAUUUUAUGGUGUUCUGCAUCAUAAAUUAUUCUAAAAGACAGAUAUGGCUUCUCUUUUCAAAAAAAUAAAUGCAAACUCCCAAUUUUGCGUGCAGUUUGAGGGGUUUCAUGGGCUCCAUUAGGUUGAUGCAGCCUUGUCUUUUUCCUUAUCUGGUGGCUCUUAAUCCAAAUUCCCGGUAGGAAAAACCCUGGACAUUAAGCCUUAGAAGUCCUUAGAAAUAAUCUAGACCAGUGUUACUUCAGCUGUGGUCUUUAAGUCAAGUGACUGUAUCAAAACCAAUAUUUAAAAGAAAAGAAUAAAACAGAAAAUAUCAUAGUAUUUCAUAACAUGCCAAGCAUAAGUUUAGUUUUGUAACCUGUGUUUUCAUUUGUGUAUAGAUCUGUGUGUUUAUGUGUGUCAGUACUAGGUCUGAAGACAAAAAUAGAUUUCUUAUUGUGGAUUGAGGAUAAAGUUUGAGAAACACUCAUCAGUUCUGGAUGAACCUCUUCACUGUGUAGGCGCUUUAAAGGCUAAAUGAUUUGUUCAGACACUGUCCCUGCCAGCACGCAUGCACACAUAAACACACACAGAGCUCUAAUUUGUAGUGGCUAACCAGGACUGAACCAGACUAUUUGAUUGCUAAUUGUGCUGCACCACAGUGCUAAUUUUUUGAAAUAUAACUGUGAGGUAGAUUAUUUUAAAAAUUAAGUUAUUCAUCUGUUCCACACUUGGCAUUUUUUUUAAUCCUUCAUUUUUCCCACUAAUUGUCUCUUUCAUCACCCUUUAAAAUACUUUGGGCUUGAGCUUCUUUUCCUGAGUAUUGAAAAGUAUUUGGGGGCCUCCCCAUUGGUCCUUUUAGUCUGCACAUCUGAAUCAUAGAAUCUGACUCUUAGGGGCUAAUCAGAAUUUCAGAACAAGACAUGAAGGUUCAAAAUGAAGUUAUUUUGAAUUAUUUGUCCAUUCAUUUGAGAACUGAAUGUGAUAUGUGGACCCAGAUGUUGAUACCUAUCCUUGAGAAGACCUUACAACAUUCCCUUUUUCCCUUAUACAAACCUCAUCUGUAUGAGGUUUUCUCAGACUUGAAUGUCAUAGAAAUGACUUGGAGGGUUUUGUUGAAAACGCAGAUUCUGAUGCAGAAGCUGGCCGAGCCCGUGGUUUCUAGCAGCAGCCCCAGGAGAUGCUGCUGCUGCGCCCUGGCCCACAUGUGCAGGCGCAAGUGCCAUGUGCUGACUGCCUCAUUAAUGGUAAGAGGGAGCUCUCGGCAAGCUUUUGUCAUGGUUUUAUUAGCAUUUUCAUGCCUUUCCAAAUUGGCUACAAAAAUUAAAAUGUCUUUCUUGUUUUUUAAAAACUGGAUUAGUUUUUGUAGUGAAAGACACAUCUUUAAAACAGCCACACUCCUCAGUCCCCACAGCCGAGAGGAAGGGCAAGGCCCCUCUUGGCAGCACUACUCUAGGUGAUUCCAGUUUAACACACUUUUCCAAGCUUCUCCGCAAAACCUAACUUUCUAAAUAAAGAGCAUUUUCUAAAAUAUUGUAUAAUUUUCUUUCUUAAAUUAUUACGUGCACGUUCUCCUUUAUUCUAGCCACAUAAGAGCAGUGUUUUUUUGUAGGCACAGGUGAAGGCUGUUGAACUAUAUGCAAAAAAUGAAUAAAACCCACAAAACUACAUGCUUGUGUCUGCCUAUUAUACUUUUUCUAUUUUGUCUUUCCAGCUGCUGGUAAGUCUGUCUCAAAAGCCUUCAUUUCCCUUCCAUUCUAAUUGAUUACUUCUGACCUAAAAAGCCAGCUACUAGAUUUGUUAGAAAUACGCAGGGAAUUAUCCCCAGUCAAAAGGAGCUGCCUGGCGUGGAGCCUGUCCUGGGAGGGUGGUGGUCAGGAAGCUCAGUAGCGCGGAGCCUGCGCAAGACCCUCUGGCUAUAGUUGUAUUCUGAGAAGGCAGCUCUGAAGGAACACACUCGCUCCUUCUCCGUGCCCUUCUCCAUGAGGUUUGCUCCCUCCCUCUCUGUCGUUCUCGCUCACACACACACUCUGUGGUGAAGUGUGUUUGCAGGCAAUUGGAAGUGUGUGUGCGUGCGUGCACGUUCACGUGUGUGUUCACCCUGUGACUGAGAAGGCGGUACACGUAGCACAAAAGCGGCGCUUCAGGGUCUGGACGAACCAGGGGUGAAGAACCUGCGCUAAAGACCAUGGUUCUCUGCUCACAGUCUGUCCUGCAGAGGCUUUGUAAACAGGUCUGAGAAUAAAAGGAUGACAGUAAAGAGGGCAUUCCUCGAUUGACUUUAGUGAUUCAGAGUCCCAGGGAUUUAAAGUCUGGUUUCCAGUGUGCUCUGUGUAGUAGAUGGUUGGUUAUAACUGCGACCGAAGGGCCCGUUCGGUGGACCCCGGCUGUCAGGCACUGGCUGUUCGGACAGCAGCGGUGCAGUGCUGGGCUGUGGUCCUGCAGGGGCGGCAGAUGGGGCCGCCCCUGGGAGCAGCCAGAGUGCAGAGCUUGGCUCAUCAGCCCCUGAAGGUACCUGUGCGUGUGUGGGGCCUGUCCUUACUCAGCAAAGCUAGAAACUGUUGGAGGGUUCACGUCUGUGGAAACCACACAGGAGUUGGUAUUAUUCUGAUUCAAAGCAGAGGGAACCUGUUUGCAUCUCAACUACACAGCAUCAGAACAUACAUCAUUUUGGAUAGCCUUGUUAAUGUGUGUUAGAAUUUGAGGAUUAUACUCUUUAAAAUUGUGAUGAAGCUAAAUGUAACCAUACCGUUUAGUUUGGAUUUUUCGAAGUUCUGAACAGGACCCCAUUUCACAUAUUUUUAGUGAGUUGUAACCUUUAAAUGCUGAUUACCAGAUUGGUCUCAUUUGAAUCUUAUUUUUACAUCUAGAAUGAGUUUUAUGUUUCAGUGCAGCUAAACCUGCUGGUAUCAUUUUAGUCUAAUUAACAGUAUUUUGUGAUCUGGGACUCCUAUCAAACAAAGUUCAUCGUAAGAACUAGAAAACCCUGGGAGGUAAAAUGAACACAUGACCUCAUCUCCUGUUUUGCACUAGACUCUAACUUGCAUUAAAAGAGACUAAAAAUGGAGAAAGAAAAUUUUCAUUCUUUUAUUACAUUAAGCGUUAAUAAAUGUGUUUAAUAUGACUUCUCUAUGUGUAAUCCCUCUUAGCUGGUAAAAUGGAGGGCUUUGUUUGAAGUACUAGAAACUAAAUGCUGCCAGGAGAAGGAUUUUACUAGAAACAUAGAGUAGAUAUCAGUCCCUAAGCUUUGUUAAUUGAUCCUGCUUGUUUAACCAGGGAAAUAAAAAUGCACGUCUGCUGAAGAGAAGUCUGUGGACUUAAACUCUUCCUGUUUUCAAAUAUGUUUCGUAGGUGUUUAUCUUAUUUAAACGUACAGACUUAUAGUAGCCAAGAGAAUGCAACUGCUGUUCCUUUAACGUCAGAACCAUGCACGCUACAAUAGGUGUCACUGUUUGGCUUGGUCCAAUCAUGGUUGGUGACUUCAGCUAUUGGCUCUGAGCACUGGCUGUCUGACUCCAUCUGCAGGGCUGUAAUACCUACUCUCCUCCGGUCCAUUCACCACACAACUUCAGCCGGCUGAACAGACUCCCGCAGCUCCAGCACAUCUUGCUAACCUAAUUCAGAAAACAAGCACUACGGCUCUCUCUGCCUGUCGUCUCCUUUCAGUGUAGCAUUUUCAGGUGAUCUAGGAAACUGGGUUAUUUUUAUGAGCAAAUAAGAGAAACAGGAAUCAUGAUGGGGAUGUAUUUAACAGACCCAGUACUGGAUAAAACUUAAAACCAGUGUCUCAUUCAACAUAGUAAAAAGGUCACCUUGCCUGCCUGAGAAAAGAAGCAAAAUAUCAGCUUGUUGGUUUCUGUUUUCAUCUCAGCUCGUGCUAGCCUCUUUUCCCUGAUGCUCGCACCGACUUGGGAUAUCUGGCUAUAAAGAGAGACCUACUGUACUCAUGGUAGAUGACAAGGAAAGGAACAUGAAAUGUCUCACCUUCUUCUUGAUGCUUCCAGAGACGGUAAAGAACAGGUCCAAGAAAAGCUCGAAGAAAACAAAUCCCAGCAGCAGCAGCAGCAGUAGCAACAGCAGCAGCAAGUUGCCUCCAGUUUGUUAUGAAAUAAUUACCUUGAAGACUAAAAAGAAGAAGAAGAUGGCUGCUGAUAUAUUCCCCCGCAAAAAACCAGCCAGCUCCAGCAGCAGCACUGUCCAGCAGUACCACCAGCAGAAUCUCAGUAACAACAACCUUAUUCCUGCCCCCAAUUGGCAGGGGCUCUAUCCCACCAUUAGGGAGAGAAAUGCGGUGAUGUUCAAUAAUGAUCUGAUGGCAGAUGUACAUUUUGUGGUUGGGCCACCAGGUGGGACUCAGCGGUUGCCAGGACACAAAUACGUUUUAGCUGUUGGGAGCUCUGUGUUCCAUGCAAUGUUUUACGGAGAACUUGCCGAGGACAAAGAUGAGAUCCGAAUACCAGAUGUCGACCCUGCUGCUUUUCUCGCCAUGCUGAAAUACAUCUAUUGUGAUGAAAUUGACUUGGCUGCUGACACGGUCUUGGCCACUCUUUAUGCUGCCAAAAAGUACAUCGUCCCUCACCUCGCCAGGGCCUGCGUCAAUUUCCUGGAGACCAGCCUGAGCGCCAAGAACGCCUGUGUGCUCCUGUCCCAGAGCUGUUUGUUCGAGGAGCCGGACCUCACCCAGCGCUGCUGGGAGGUGAUCGACGCCCAGGCCGAGCUGGCGCUCAAGUCCGAGGGGUUCUGCGACAUCGACUUCCAGACCCUGGAAAGCAUCCUCCGCAGGGAAACUCUGAAUGCCAAAGAAAUUGUGGUCUUCGAGGCCGCGCUCAACUGGGCUGAGGUGGAAUGCCAGCGACAGGAUCUGGCUUUGAGCAUUGAGAACAAGCGCAAGGUGCUGGGCAAGGCGCUGUACUUGAUCCGCAUCCCGACCAUGGCCCUGGACGAUUUCGCCAACGGUGCUGCACAGUCUGGCGUCUUGACUCUGAACGAGACCAACGACAUCUUCCUUUGGUACACGGCGGCCAAGAAGCCCGAGCUGCAGUUCGUGAGCAAGGCCCGCAAGGGGCUGGUGCCACAGCGCUGCCACCGCUUCCAGUCCUGCGCCUACCGGAGCAACCAGUGGCGCUACCGGGGCCGCUGCGACAGCAUCCAGUUCGCCGUGGACAAGAGGGUCUUCAUCGCGGGCUUCGGGCUGUACGGCUCCAGCUGCGGCUCGGCCGAGUACAGCGCCAAGAUCGAGCUCAAGCGGCAGGGCGUGGUCCUGGGGCAGAACCUCAGCAAGUACUUCUCGGACGGCUCGAGCAGCACGUUCCCUGUGUGGUUCGAGUACCCGGUGCAGAUCGAGCCGGACACCUUCUACACGGCUAGCGUCAUCCUGGACGGCAAUGAGCUCAGCUACUUCGGGCAGGAGGGCAUGACGGAGGUGCAGUGCGGCAAGGUCACCGUGCAGUUCCAGUGCUCGUCGGACAGCACCAACGGCACGGGCGUGCAGGGCGGCCAGAUCCCCGAGCUCAUCUUCUAUGCCUGAGCGCGCCGGCUCCCCACUUCACGCUCAGCUCGGCUGCAGCCAGCCAUCUGCGCGGGCUGUUCGUAAGGAACAGAGCUAUGCGCCGGUUCUGAUUUCUUUCAACCUUUUUCGUUAUGUACAGGCAAAAAUGCAGCACUCAGCUUUUAACUGUAUGUCGGAAAGCCAAAUUCUUAGCAAGGCUUGUGGUUCUUAAGAGUUGCACCUAUCCUACCCGGGGAGAUUUUGCAUUCUUUUCCGACUGCCCCACUGACCUCUCAGUUUAAGAAGAUUUUUGGAUCACCUCAGAUUUCCUUUUGGGCUUUAUUUUGACAAAGAGAAAGAAAUACUCUAAAGUAACAGUAGCAAUUAUUUUUAAACGGAAAUCCUCCCUCUCCCCAAACAGAUAAACCUCAGUGUACAAUUUUGAAAGACAUUUUGCUUGAUAAUAAGUAAUAAUUUAGAAAGUAGACAGUAGUCAUCUUUACCUUUAUUUCCUUUUAAAUAUUUUGGGCAUUUGCUUUGGACAUUGCUUUUUCUUAAAUCCUAAAUUCAUAAGUUUGUUAAAUUUUUAAACUGCAGCGGUCAACGGAAGGUAAAACAAGUAAGAAACAAGCAGAUUUGUGUUCUUUCAGUUUAGAAGACAGGCAAUUCCAGUACAGAGGCUUCCUUUAGAAGUAACAAAAUUGCAAAACUUUAUUGUCAACUAGAGAAAAAUUGCAGGUCUGUUUACUGACACUAAAAUAGUCUUAAAAGGAAGCCUGAAAAAGUCCCACAUGACAAAUAGUUUAAUUGAUGGCACAUUAUAAUCCAGAGUUUGAAAAAGUCAAGCUCUUUUCUCCCUGCUUAGCUUCUGAUCCCUGCCACUUGCUGGUUUUCAAAAGUUGUACUGUAUAGAAUUCCUAUUCCCCCAUUCCCAUGAAGAGAGGACCAAACGAUUUCCUCAGAUGAAUAGAAUAACGGUUAGUUUUGUAGUGCCACAUGUUAAUGUAAUAAGAUACUUUAUGCAUUGAUUUUUUAUUUUUAAUCUGAAAUAUAUUUUACUUAAUCUGCUUUGACCACACUGUCUCUUCUUCGUUAAUUAUGAUUCUGUCCCAUUCCUGGACUGCUAGAAUCUGGCCUGUGACCAUCUGAACGAGCCAAUAUAUGCCUGCAGGGUUUUUAAAAAGUAGUCUGGAGUAAUAAACUCGAUGAUACCUUAAUGUUCACUGCCUCAACAUCACAUCCAGUUCUCUCUUUUUUUGUUUUUUUUCCCAUGGAUAGUGUAAACAAAGAGGGAAAAGCUCGUCAAAACAUUCUCCUUCAGCAAAGGCUUGUGCUGGCUUAGUGCCCGUGACCCUAGUGGUGUACACUGCGGUCGCUCCCAGCUGAAGUAUCCACGUGUUUCUGGGUAACUUUUCUGCCCAGUGUGAUCCUGAGAUGGCUUCCCCGCCACCCAGAGUGUGGUCCCUGGCCACCUCCUUCUCCUGUUCUGAGCCCGAAGCUGGCUCUGGAGCGGGGGCUAGUCCCGGGGUGGGUGUGUGCGUGGGUGCCCGUGCGCAUGCGGUGCGCGCCGGCUCAGGAGCUGUCUCCUGCUGCCCGGCCAGCGGGGCUGGGACAGAAGGGGCCCCCUGCCGGGCCCACGCGGCCCGCAGAAGGGGACUGCCUGUGCUUCCGGGCCGCUUCUCUCCCGUAGACGUGGGCUGCUGCUUCGGCCGGCUUCCCCGAUGGAGAAAAACACUGGAUUACAGAAAUGCUUUAAUCGUCUUUGCCCUUACCUAUGUCUGUUAGCAUGGAGGGUCAGAAGCUGUUACCAGUGAUUAACAGAUGAGUGCUCCCAGGACAAGCUUCCAAAAUUAUCUAACAGUUAUUUCUUAUUAGCAAGAUGACAGGUAGUAGUUGUGGCAAACCGUCUAUGAAACGGAGGUAGGUUUUCAAUUAAAAAUAUUUCUACAAAGGGUUUUGUUUAUAAAUUAUGGUUAAACAUUUUGGUAACUAACUCAUAGCUACCUUGCAAUUGGUAGACUAUAGAUUUACCUGAUUGGAAGGCACUUAUUUAUAAGCCAGAGGAGAAGAAACUUUUUAGCACUAAUUUCAUCAUACUAGAUUGUUUCGGAGGGGAGUGUGAUAACCUUGUUCAUUCAGUAACACCCAUGAUCAGUGCUCCUAUUAGUAGCUACCCUCCAGAGGCUGGGAACCUGUUGGGUGAGAGCCCCAUGAGAUCCUAUAUACGGAAGACCUUAUGGAAGAACUUAAUUUUAUAAUUGCUGUCACUUGAAGAAAAAAAAAAAUCCGUCAUCUGAUUGGCUGGCGCCAAGAGCUGUGGUAUAAAUUUGAAGAUUGUAUUUAAAAUAAGAAAAUGUUAUCUUUUAAAUCCUAUUCUCCCUUCUGCAUUUUCAAUGACAUGGAGUUAAGGCUAAUAUGCUUGCUUUAUUUUCUUUGGUAAUCUCAAAUUUUGUAGCUUUCAAAACUAGAAACCAUUGUUCUGACAAGGCAGGCAACUGUAAUGCAUAAACAUGAUUUUAUUAAACACUGCCCUGUAGAUGCUUUUCCCCACGUAUCUGGCAGUCUUUGUUGUCGUUUAUAUCCUGGGGAUAAGGGGAACUAGGCUAGCAGUUCUAAUGUAACAUUCUUUAAGCAUAUCUUAAUAUAGUAUUUAAGUAAAUGGUCUAAUUUCUACAUAAUAUUGCACUGAACUGUCUUUUUUUUUUAAGGUGUCUAAAUAAGCUUGCUAAUUCAAGACACUAGCCAGUUGUGCAUCAGAGUGCUUGAAUUCAGGAGCUUACCGCAUUAUUUAUGAAGGAAAAAUAUAUAAAUAUGAAGUACCUCAUGUUGAAUGUUAUUGUACUGUAUUUUUAAUGUAACAGUGCAGAUCUUGUUAGACACAUGAAUGUGUAUAAUCAUGUUAAAUGCAAAUAAAAUAAAACCGGUUCAUA